AAUAUUGUAAAGUCAGGCAGGUUGGUAAGAUUAGUCGAGGUGCACGUAAGUUGGUUCAGACAUUCAUGGACACCAAAAUAAUAAUAGUAAUAAUAACAAUAAUAAUAAGUAAAGUGACUUUGGGGUAGGAUCAAACUCCCAGGGGGUGGGGGAGGGAAGUUCGGCGUAUGUAUGGGACCUUUAUCUUGUGAGAUUAGUUGGAGUUCAUAUAAGAUAUCGAUUACUCACAGUAUACAAAGCAAAUUGAAUUUGGAGAGAAACUACUAUGAUUCGAUUUGAACUGAUAUCUUUAUGGUGUUAUCUUUUGUAAAGUUCACUCGUGCCUUGCUUUUUCCUUUUGUGUCUUAGCAUAUGGAAGUUGAUAAUCAUUUAUCCUAGAGGGCAUCUGACCUUUCUACUUUUUAUCCCCUUUUGUUUCUAAACCCUAUAUUUUUGCAGGAAAACUCUUAUUAAGAAACAGUAAUGGAGUUUAUAUUAAGAGGAAUGAAUGAUGAGGGAUCUGAGUGCUACUCUAAUGAAAUGGACAUUCAAAGAUGCCCUUUCCUCAGAAAUAUCAAUAAACCAACCUGCUUUUCCUUCUCCACCUUGAGUUUCACCUUACCGGUUCGGGGAGCGAAAGGGCCAAUUUUUGAGGAUGGUCCUAAUUUUGACACAGCAUUUAAGCUCUUUCAUGGUAAAGAUGGAGUUGUCCCACUAUCUGAGAGAACCGGCUUUGAGAAAAUAUCGUCAGAACCAGAGACGGCUCCUCAUUUCAACCCCUUGGCAGCAAAAGCUGCAACCAUCAGUCUGUCAGCUUUUGGACCAGGAGGGCCAUUCAGCUUCGGUAACUUCUCUGAGAAAUGGAAGAAACAAAAGUCUGAGGCAUCCAACAAGAAUGAUCAUUCGUCAAAGAAAAAAGAAAGUUCAUCCAAGCACGAGGCUCUGGGAAAUGAAUGGUUGGAAACAGGAAACUGUCCAAUUGCUAAGUCUUUUAGAGCUGUUAGCGGAGUUCUCCCACUUGUUGCAACAGCUUUUCAGCUACCACCUGGUAUGAAGCUUAAGUGCCCGCCUGCUAUAGUUGCUGCUCGUGCUGCCCUCGCUCGUACAGCAUUUGUAAAAAAUCUGCGUCCUCAGCCCCUUCCUUCAAAAAUGCUUGUCAUUGCGGCCUUAGGCAUGGCAGCAAACGUUCCUCUUGGUAUAUGGAGAGAACACACUCAGAAGUUUUCAUUUUCAUGGUUUGUGGCAAUUCAUGCAGCUGUACCCUUUAUUGCCAUGCUUCGGAAAUCUGUCUUGAUGCCAAAGACAGCCAUGGCGAUGACCAUAGCUGCUUCUGUACUAGGGCAGGUUAUCGGCUCGAGGGCUGAACGUAUGCGAUUGAAAGCUAUUGCCGAGAAGGGAAAGGCAACAACAGUUAUACCAGCACUAGAGUCUACUCCAAGCUAUGAGUUAACCCAGGUGGAUGCCAUAGUAGGUGGUCGUUGUGGUGUAGAAAGAAUGGUGUUUGAUCCUCUCCGAAAGGAUGGUAGGCAAACGUCUUCACCGGCAAAUGUAUGCUCGUAAGGUGACUUCGUAUAGAUACAAGCAUAUUACGAAAUAAAUGAAGUGCCAUUGAUAUUGUUAAUGGGACUGGACUUGUUAUGAAAUGUAGAUUUAAUAGAUAUUCAACCUUUGUCAUGGCUGGCUAUCAUAUAAUGUUAUGCAUUACGCUUUUGAAAAGUUACCCUUUAGCUAAACAUAAAUGAAAAAUCCUUAUUAAAGACUGGUUGAAUGUGAAAACCGAUCUUGUAAUGUAAUCCCAGUUCAUGUUGCCUUUUACAGAGCCCCUACAAGAUGGCGAUUAUGGAAUGAAAUAGACCGUAAUUAUUGUGCACUGAUA